UUAAUAUUUUCCACGCAGACAGUUGACCGAGCCGCUCCAAGACACAAGCUACGGCUAGGCAGCUGGACAGUUUUUGUUGUAAUAGGAAUACAGGAAGAAGCUGAACUCGCUCAGAAAUAAAUGUGGGAUGCGGAAUUAUUUGUGACUAGUGCCUCUACACAAUCGGUCGAUAAUGCUCGUACGUAACGAGACACAAACAAGACUAGACGUCUAAAUGUGGGACGCUUAAUGUGUUCGAACGAAGCAGACCACGCUUUGGUCGUCGCAUCUUUCAGUUUUUGUGUCUGCUACAGUUGUUAUCACUCAGUUGAUUACUGGAUUCAAUAUUCUUGGCGAAAUACUAGUCUUCCCGUUCGGCCAAUUCGGAAAACAUGGCCGGUUAUGCAGUAAAACUUUGAAGAGAGAAAGAAGCCAUCCUUAGUAUGUGUUGUUUGCACACACCGAAGUUGGAUUGAGUGCCGUUGGACUCGUCCCCCCUCGAGUUUGACAAGUUCGUUGACCUACGUGCUACAUAUGUGUGACGUUUGUAUUGCCUUUCACUCUCUCCUUACCGUUGUUGCGUAAAACCCAUGAACCGUCAGAAAUACUUAAAUUUCUAGUGAAAACUGUGAAAUCGAAAGAGUGCAACAGAGUGUACGUCCUCAGUUUGAGGGUCCAGUCGAAACGGCUCAGGGCUUGACCUCAAUUUCGGCGUUUUUGUGAGCUGGCUUGCUGCUGCUGGCACACAAUAUACACGAAAAACCCGUCGAGCCGGCUUCUAUAGUUGUUCAGCCAUUUCAACCCGAAAAAAGACCUGGUGUUCAAAGGGUUCGUGCUCUCCUACGAUGGAGAACGGCAAUGGAAUAGACAGCUGUAACAAAGCAGAAGUGAACUCUGAGAAAAAGGCUGAAACUAUUGUUAUCAUGGCAUUGGAAGAAGGAAAGCCAGCGUCGGAUUAUGGCUUGGCUGGCGACAAACCGAAAAUGUACACUGUUGACAACGACAAAGACUCGUCACCCAAUCAAAAUGUUGAAUUACCCGAAGCCGUUACUGCAGAAGAGAACGUGGAAUUGAAAGAUUCGCCUAUCGAAAAAACAACAAACGAAGAAGACGAGGUUAAGCAAAACGGGGAUGUUGCCGAAUCGGCAAACAACGUUCUAACAAUCAAGGUGGAGCCUAAACCAAUAGAAACGGUUGAAGAGAAACCGUUAUCACCGCCCCCGGAGAAGACGAGUGCGGAGGCGUCAGACGAAAAAGCCAAAGAAGCGCCGGUGGUAGAGGCCAAACAGGAGAUGAUUGAAGAAGAAAUGCAAGAGGAAAAUGACAAGAAAAACCUCGGCGACAUGGAGAUUGAGGAUCAACAGUCGUCGACUUCAUCCUCCCCGUCGGCCUUGCACAUCCAUUUGGACGAUGAGGACAAGGACGAGUCCUUGAAUGACAAGGACAAGGAAACGGUAGACCCUUCACUACCUCUGAUCAGCAACGUGGUCAGUCUCUCGUCGAUCGCGUCAUCAUCGUCAUCUCUGACGCCUCCGCCUCCUACCCAGUCUCAUCAUUCACCGUCUACACAACCUCCUUCGCCCACACCUUCGGCCGAAUCAGGAAAUAGCAGCGUUCGUCGAACGACACUCCGCUUUAAACGCGGCAUAGAAAUCAGUUUCGAUGUUGAUCAAAACGGCCAACCCGUUACAGUCAAUAAUCACGAAACGGCAGCAAUGCCUUCGGCCUCGUCUGAAGAACCUCGACAGAAACGCGGGCGUAUAGACGAUGAGGACGAAGAAGAUACAAAUCAGCCGGAUGUAUCCGACUUGGAUGCCGAGGCAACGAACAACGUUUUGUCGUCUGUCCAAAAAGACAUCCGCACCCUACGUUUCAUGGCCAAACAAAAAGAGAAAGAGUGGAACUACAUUUUGAAGUUGAUGAAGGUCAAAGAAGAGCUUCAAGCCAAAUUGAUGAGAAGAAAAGAAGUGUUGAAAAUCACUUCAUCCAGCAGCCGAAAAAUUCAACCCAACUCCAGCCAAAUCCAUACGGUGGCUCAAACUCAUAUUCCACCGCAACAACAAUCGAGUGCAGCCAAUUUGCAGACUCUCAUAAACCACUCAUUUAACGCAAUGAUGGGCAAAUCGUCAGGCCCGUCAAAAAGUAUCAUGCCCAACAGCCCUGCGAUGAACCAUCAACAAUCGCAACAACUUAUCCAACAACAGCAGCUCCACCAUCAACAAAUUCAACAACAGCAACUACAUCAACAUCAGCUCCAACAGCAAGCCAAAUUGAACCGCCAACGACCAAUUUUGCCAAAGCCCAGCAUGCAAAUCCAUCCGGAGGUUCAAAUGUGGAAUCAGCAACAGAACCAGCAGCAAAGUCAACACCACCAUCAUAAUAAUCAUAACAGCUCGAAUCAGCAACAUCAUCAUCACCAUCAUCAUAACACGGUAGUCGAUUCAGCUGUGGGUGCGUGUGCGGAUUCGCAGGCUGAUGCUCGGAAUCGCCAAGGCACAGUUAGCGUUCAAUCCCUCAUUGCCGACUACAGAGCCAAACAUCCUGAAGAAAUACCCACUCGAGGAAGACGAAUCCGCCAACCUUCCAGGAUUUGUAACGAUCCCAACUCGUCGAGUAGUCCACCUCCAAAUUCACAACCCGGUGGCCAGGAGGGUGCAAACAUGAGUUUCAAGGACGUACUGCUCCAGUUCGCCAAAAUGAGCAGCCGCCAAGGUCACCCUAAUCCCGUGGAUAUGAUCCAAGUGGGAAAAGAGUCACCCGGUACAUCUGGAAAUAGCGCCAUGGGAGCGGGAAGCAGUGGUAGUAGCAGCGCGGCAGCUUUACAAAGUCUGGCUGCUGCUCGUAAUGCGCGCAGCAGCCCACAUGCGGCCGCUUUAUCCGCCGGAUCUAUACUCCAAAGCGCGCUCAGUGGCAGCCGCUCUAACCCCAAUUUUGCUCCAACGUUGGCCCAGCUGCUCACCAAUCCGGCCAACGAGCAACAACAGCAACUUCCUCAGCAGUCACCGUUAGGUGGCAACCAGCCAACAGUUUCAAUUCCAAUUGCAACAGCCUCUUCCUCCGCAUCUUCGGCGGCCGUUGCGGCCGCUGCAGCAGCAGCAUCUGUGGCUUCAUCGGCUGAAGUCUUAACUCUGUCCAACCUAUUAGCCACUGCCAGGGGCCAUGUGACUAUCACGUCUGAACGAUCCGAUCUCACCAAUGACGACGUCACAGUUGUGGGCGGUUCAACUUCCGGCGGCCGGAAUGUGUCAUCCAAUAAUGGCAACUACUUGCGGACGAGCGGUGGUAGCGAAGUGCCAAAGUGUCAAGGUUGUAAUGAGCGGGUGGCGCAAUUUGUCUGCGCCGGAUGCUCGAGCCAAUGGUAUUGCAGUCGAGAAUGUCAGGUGGCUGCCUGGGAGGAGCAUUCUGAACAUUGCGUAGGUUAAACUUGACGUGAGACAAUACCAAAAUUCAAAGGACAAUUCCAUCCACACCAGGGUGAGGACGUAAGGACUGAAAAAAGAAAAAGAAAAUUUAUAUUUUUUAAUAGAAAUGAAAAGAUUCAAGAAUGUAUCAGUGCAAAAGCCGUCGAGUCGGCCAUCAUCAGUUUACUGGUUUUUGUUUCGAAUGAAAACGAAAUGUUGUCUACAUAUCCACUUUUUAAAUGUGUUUCGAUUGACACGCUAUUAUGUUGCGUAUUACGUCAAUCGUAAUGCUCAGUUUAUUUUCUGCCAUUUGAUUUUUUUUUCUUUAAAAGAAAUAUUAUUUUCUUUUUUGAGUUAUAAGAUAGAGGGGGAGAGAAAGAGACAUUUGUUUCGGCUAGUCACUACUAAAAAAAAAUUUAUCUAUCUCUUCUGUUAAUCCUUGAUUCUUAUGUUUCAUAGCAUCACGCAUUUUUCUUUACCAUCCAUCCCUGUUGACAUAUUCCGCCACGACUUCCCUUUUCAAAAAUCCCCGGUUGCAUUAAAAAUUAAGUUGUCUUAAUUUCUUUUUUGUUUCACAUUGUUUUCGGCUUAUGCAUAUUAUGCCGUAUCAUGACGAUUUAAUGAGUUUUUUUCUUUUACAAAAAUAAAAGUUCAAUCAAUUUCCAGCAUUA